UCCAUUUUCUGUACUGCUUAUCCUUCAUAGGGUCAUGGGGAGCCUGGAGCCUAUCCUAGGGGAUUAGGGGCAUGAGGUGGGGGACACCCUGAAUUGGGUGCCAACCCAUCGCAGCGCACAAUCUCUCACACACACAUUCACACACUACGGGCAAUUUGGAAAUGCCAGUCAGCCUACACCGCAUGUCUUUCGUGUUGGGGAGGAAACCGGAGUACCCGGAGGAAACUCCUGAAGUACGGGAUGAAGAUGCAAACACUGCACACAGGGCGGAGGCAGGAUUUGAUCCCCCAACCCUGGAGGGCGAAUACAUCAGGCCAUGGUAACGUCUUUAAACGAAGACAACGAAAGUGUUACUGUGGAGUGGAUAGAAAAUGGAGACACGAAAGGAAAAGAGAUUGAUCUAGAGUGUAUAUUUUCACUAAACUCAGAUGUUGCUCCAGAGGAGGAGAUUUCUCUGAGCCCUAUAACACCACCUCCUCCCACACCUACCUCUAUGAAGGUCAACAAGAUCCCCAAGAAUCGAAGGACUAUCGCUCCUGGAAGGGCUGAGAUCCCAUCCAGAGACAAUAAAGUCGGAUCAACUCGGGCGCGUCCUGGCCAGCAGCAGCCAGAGUCAGCCCUCCCUCCACCUGCUCAGCAACCAGCUCAACCUACACAGUCCCAAACACAGCAGAACCAACAACAGCUGCAGAAUGCGAGGAGGAAGUCCAACUGUGUGAAAGAUGUAGAGAAAAUGCAGGAGAAGAGAGAGAGGCGGCGACUGCAGCAGCAAGAGCUAAGGGAGAAGAGAGCGCAGGAGGUGGACACGACAGUCCCCAACUAUGAAAUAAUGCAGAUGAUCAGAGAUUUUAGGGCAAGUAUGGAUUACAGACCACUAACCACAGCGGAUUUGAUUGAAGAGCGCCGAAUAUGUGUUUGUGUGAGGAAGCGCCCUCUUAACAAAAAAGAACUCACUGCAAAGGAGCUGGAUGUGCUCACCAUCCCCAGUAAACAUGUCGUCUUGGUCCAUGAGCCUAAGCAGAAUGUGGACCUCACCCGAUACCUAGAGAAUCAAACCUUUCGCUUUGAUUAUGCCUUUGACGACAGUACAUCAAAUGAAAUGGUUUACAGGUUUACAGCAAGACCUUUAGUGGAAACGAUCUUUGACAGAGGAAUGGCUACAUGCUUUGCGUACGGCCAAACCGGAAGUGGGAAAACGCACACCAUGGGUGGAGAUUUUUCUGGAAAGAACCAGGAUUGCUCAAAAGGAAUCUAUGCAUUAGCUGCUCGUGAUGUUUUCCUUAUGCUGAAGAAACCCAACUACAAGAAGUUGGAUCUUCAAGUCUACGCAACCUUCUUUGAAAUUUACAGUGGAAAGGUGUUUGACUUGCUGAACCGUAAAACAAAGCUGCGUGUAAUGGAGGAUGGGAAACAGCAGGUGCAAGUGGUUGGGCUGCAGGAGAAAGAGGUCAGAUGCACUGAAGAUGUCCUCAAGCUCAUUGAGGUCGGAAACAGCUGCAGAACUUCAGGACAGAUUUCUGCCAACGCUCACUCAUCCCGAAGCCACGCUGUCUUCCAGAUUAUUCUGCGCAGGAAAGGGAAGAUGCACGGCAAGUUUUCAUUGAUUGACCUGGCAGGGAACGAGCGUGGCGCUGAUACAUCCAGUGCUGACCGCCGGACACGGCUGGAGGGAGCAGAGAUCAACAAGAGCCUACUUGCACUGAAGGAGUGUAUUAGAGCCCUGGGGCAGAACAAACCGCACACGCCGUUCAGAGCCAGCAAACUUACGCACGUGCUCAGAGACUCAUUCAUCGGCGAGAACUCGAAGACGUGCAUGAUUGCCACCAUUUCUCCUGGAAUGGCUUCCUGUGAAAACACUCUGAACACACUACGAUAUGCCAACAGAGUGAAGGAGCUGACCGUGGACCCGAACACCAUGGCUGAAGGAGUGCGACCCAACAUCAACGCUAUCACCGAGCUGGACAUCAUGGAGGAAGAGUGGGAACUGAGUAGCUCCCCUCAGAGAGAUGACCUCAAGCUGCUCUGUGAACAGAAUGAAGAGGAAGUGUCUCCUCAGCUCUUCACCUUCCAUGAAUUGGUGUCCCAGCUGGUGGAGAUGGAGGAGCAGGUACUGGAGGACCACCGAGCAGUGUUUCAGAGGUCAAUUAGAUGGCUGGAGGAUGAGAAGGUUCUGCUGGAGAUGACUGAGGAGGUGGAUUAUGAUGUAGACUCCUACUCUUCCCAGCUUGAGCACAUACUGGACCAGAAGAUCGACGUCCUGAUUGAACUCAGAGAUAAAGUGAGGUCGUUCCGCUCAGCCCUGCAGAAAGAGGAACAAGCCAAGCCUCAGGAAAGUGACAGAUCACCCAACCUCACUCGAGCCAUGCACUAGGGAGACGACUUUAGAACCAGCUAGUCAGACCGACAAAAAGAAAUAAACAUAUGUACAGUAGCUACACUAUUAAUAAAGUCGCUUUUAUGUAUGUUGUAUUUUUUAGAUGGAGUUUGUUUAUGCACCUACUGGAGCAUCCAGACAGUAAGGCAUUACAGUAAUCUAGUUUAGAGGUGACGAAAGCAUGAAUGAUGUAGUGACAAUAUAUUUCUUAUCUUAGAAAUAUUUCUGAGAUGAAAGAAGACUAUCCUAGUAAUAUCUACAUCAGCAUCAAUUGAUAGACUGGAGUCAAUAAUCACACCAAGGUCUUUUACUGCUGUACAUGAUGAAACAGAAGUUAGCAUCCAACGUCUAAUGUCCUUUACACAAUCCUCAACUUUACUAAGCUGCUGUCUGUCCUCUGGCUUCGCUGAAACAUACAACUGUGCAUCAUCAGCAUAACAGUGGAAGCUAAUUCCAUGUUUACGAAUAAUUUGACCUAGAGGUAGCAUAUAUAAAGUAAAAAGCAGUGGGCCUAAAACAGAACCUUGUGGAACACCAAAUUUAACCUCGAUAUGCAUGGAGAAGUCUCCAUUUACAUCUACGAACUGAUAAUGAUCGGUCAAAUACAGUGCAUCCAGAAAGUAUUCCCAACGCUUCACUUUUCCCACAUUUUGUUAUGUUACAGCCUUAUUCCAAAAUGGAUUAAAUUCAUUAUUUUCCUCAAAAUUCUACAAACAAUACCCCAUAAUGACAACAUGAAAGAAGUUUGUUUGAAAUCUUUGCAAAUUUAUUAAAAAUAAAAAACAAAAAAAGCACAUGUACAUAAGUAUUCACAGCCUUUGCCAUGACACUGUAAAUUGAGCUCAGGUGCAUCCUGUUUCCCCUGAUCAUCCUUGAGAUGUUUCUACAACUUGAUUGGAGUCCACCUGUGGUAAAUUCAGUUGAUUGGACAUGAUUUGGAAAGGCACACACCUGUCUAUAUAAGGUCCCGCAGUUAACAAUGCAUGUCAGAGCACAAACCAAGCCAUGAAGACCAGGGAAUUGUCUGGAGACCUCCGAGGCAGGACUGUAUCGAGGCACAGAUCUGGGGAAGGGUACAGAAACAUUUCUACAGCAUUGAAGGUCCCAAUGAGCACAGUGGCCUCAUCAUCCAUAAAUGGAAGAAGUCUGGAACCAACAGGACUCUUUUAGAGCUUACAUGUUUAAUGAAAAGCUACAAAAUACACUGUGAACCAAGCACACUAGGUGCAUGUUAGAAACUAGCUAACAAACAUGAAGAUGAACAAACUCUGAUCCAUGCCUUCCACUUGAAUAUUGGAUUUUAUGAAUGACAAAAAAUAUAAAAUAAAUAAUAAUAAAUCUGGACAGGAGGCAUGCCAUGUCUGAAGUCCGUCACACCAAGAAAUGAUUUUGGGAAUACAACAAAGGAAAUUCCACUGCAACAGUCUGCGCUUCCUGUUCAACAUAGAAGCCUCGGUGUAUAGAACCG